AUGUCUUCUACGGCGGCGCUUCCGGUAGCUGGAACUGGCUUACCGGAGAAAGCAGCAGCAGCACUUGUCAAUUCCUUCCGAUUAGCGUCGGUGACGCAACGGUUACGUUACCACAUUCAAGCUGGACAAAGAAGUGAUGUUAAGGAGUUUCAGAUCUGUUGCAUCUCUCUCGCUAAAGGCAUUGAUUUUGCUAUAGCGAAUAAUGAAAUACCAAAGAAGGUUGAAGAGUUUCCCUUGCUACUCAAACAGGUGUGCAAGCAUAGGACUGAUGUGUACACUACGACGGCGGUUACAGUGCUGAUGAUCUCAGUUAAGCAUGCUUGUCAACUGGGAUGGUUUUCAGACAGCGAGUGUGAAGAACUUAUUGCUAUUGCUGAUGAGAUGAGGAAUAGUUUUGGGAGUUUUGGAAACACUAGCCCUGGUAUUAAAUGCCCCAGAGGUACUUUUUCGCAGAUCAUAGAGAGGUUCUAUCCAUUUGUGAAGGUUGGGCAUGUUCUUGUUUCUCUUGAAGUGAAGGCUGGCUAUAAAAUGCUGGCGCAUGAUUUCCAUAUCUCAAAGAAGAUGCCACAUGCUCCCCAAGAGAAAAUUCGGUUAUUUGUUGUACAGACAGACAACAUAGACACAUCUGCUUGUAUUAUUAAUCCUCCGGAAGUCAGCUUCCUGUUAAAUGGAAAGGGGCUCGAGAAGAGAAUUAAUACUACAAUGGAUUCGGGGCCUCAACUCCCGUCAAAUGUUACUGCACUACUGAAAUAUGGAACAAACCUUCUACAAGUGAUGGGGAAUUCCAAGGGUCAUUACGUUAUCGUGAUUGCUUUUACGGGAUUGGUCAUGCCACCUGAAAAACCAGUGCUUAAAGAUUACCUUCAGUCGGGAUUCAUCGAGUCAAGUCCAGAUUCUGAUAUCAUCGAGGGGCCAUCACGGGUAUCUCUCAGUUGUCCUAUAAGUCGCAGCCGGAUCAAGCUUCCAGUCAAGGGCCAGUUGUGCAAACAUCUUCAGUGUUUUGAUUUCUGGAAUUAUUUCCACAUAAAUAUGAGAAACCCAUCCUGGCGCUGCCCCCAUUGCAAUCAACCUGUUUGCUACCCAGAGAUCCGUUUAGAUCAAAACAUGGUCAAGAUAUUAAAAGAAUCGGGACACAACGCUGCUGAUGUAAUCAUCCAUGCUGAUGGCACAUGGAAGGUUGCAAAGGAAAUUGACAGGACCGAGGAACCUGUGCAUGAUGUAACCAUUCAUGAUCUUGAAGACCCGGUUACCUUCUUAAGCUCUGGUCCAGUUGUUUUGGAUCUGACUGGAGAUGAUGAUGAUGCUGAAAUGGAAAUAUUUGGUGACGGCAAGGUUGUGGACCGGAAGCCCUUCUUUUCAGAUGCUCAGGGUCAAUCUAAUAAUAACGCAAGCAAAGAUACUUCAGGCGAUGAUUACCUGUCUUUGUUUAAUCUCUCUGAUGUUAUAUCACUCGAUCAGGUGAUACUGGAUCACUUGAAUACUGGAACAGGGCAAGAAUACUCAAACUUACCCCAAAUACCAAUGCCUCAAGAUCCAACACCAGUACCUGCGUCAUACUCACAAACACCAUCUCCAAGAGAUAGAAGAACCCCUAGUCCGAGAUUGAACCAAACUUAUUCAUCUCAAGUUCCAUCACUGACAACUUCGUCACAGAACCGGAGGAUCCCAGUUCCAGUUACGAGCCAGUCUCCUGCAAAUGUAUCGUCUUUUGUUCAGUCUCCGCCUAUCCCUAGAGUACUAAAUAGCCAGCCUAACAGUUAUUUCAUCCGAAGUUUAAACAGUAACCAUGUAAGGCAGCGUCCAAGUAGUCCCACUGUUGAAUCCGUUUCCCGAACCAGUGACCUAACCUGCAACUAUGGAAGCACUCAAAGGCAGCACCCUACUGGUCCCACUGUUCAAUCGGUUUCUCGAACCAUUGAACUAACCAGCAACCAUGUAAGCACUCAAAGGCAGCACACAAGUGGUCCCACCGUUCAAUCCGUUUCUCUAACCAAAGACUUGACCAGCAACAGUGUAAGCACUCAAAGGCAGCACCCAAGUGGUCCCACUGUUCAAUCCGUUUCUCGAACCAGUGACCUAAUGGAUGUAGAUUCGACUACCCCUGAUACAACCAAUUGGCGCCCAAGGAUGCGAGGCAGUAUUACACCCGGUUCAUAUUCCCCUGCUCUUGACCACAUGAUCAUCCGACCUACCCAACAGUCUCAAACUAGGCUUCCUGAAUCUCAACCAGUUGAGACAUCACCAGUUCAAACGUCUCAGGCUCAGCCGCCUUUCCCAACUGCUGGCUUGAGACCCGAGACAGUUUUAGUAAGCCAAAACCUUCCGGUAGCUCCUCCUCCUGGUGUCACGAGGCCUUCUGGACCGAUGGCACCAGGGAGAACUUGA